AGGGCAUGCAGACGGCAGGGCGUGAGUCUGCAAGGCAAACAGCAGGAAGGUUUCUUUAAAUGAAGUGAAACAAAACUCAAGGAGGAAGCAUGCCGUGCAAUGGAAGAUACGUCCGGAUGAAUAGCUGAGGGGGAACUUGGUGUAAUAUCUUUGAAUUCAGGGUGAGAUGAGAAAGGAUAAACACAUGAAGAGCUGAUUGAGAACCCUAGAGUUACAGACUGCACCAAAGAGAAGAGACAGAAGAGAAACAGAAAACAAGACAGAGCAGAAGCUGCUUUCACUCCGAGCAAAGCUUGUUAGUGCUCUCACUGAAGGCUUCCUGUGUCAGCACCAUGGGAAAAUCAGCCUCCAAGCAGUUUGCCGAGGAGGUGCUGCGCUGCCACAACGAAUACAGAAAGAAGCACCAGGCUCCUCCGCUGAAGCUGAGCAGCAAGUUAAGCAGAGAGGCUGCCCGUUAUGCUGAGAGUCUGGCCAGCACGCGGAUCCUGAAACACAGUGUUGAGUCCAGCAGAGGGAGCUGCGGAGAGAAUCUGGCCUGGGCCUCCUAUGACCAGUCAGGGAAAGAUGUGGCGGACCGCUGGUAUGACGAAGUGAAACAGUACAAUUUCAAUCGUCCUGGAUUCUCCUCUGGCACGGGUCACUUCACAGCAAUGGUGUGGAAAAGCACCAAACAGCUGGGUGUCGGCAAGGCCACGGCGUCCGAUGGCUCUUCCUUUGUGGUGGCCAGAUACUUUCCGGCUGGGAAUAUUACGAACCAGGGACACUUUGAGAAUAAUGUCCUCCAGCCUCUCGCCAGCUCCUAAUGCAGUAUUGAUCCCUCGGCUUGACUCAGGGGCCAGAGGAAUUUAUUUUUGUUUUCAGGAGAGGCAGACUGUCUGAACUGCAAUGAAGAAUACUCAGGAAUGCACCAAUUCCUGUCCAGGAGAGAGCCAUACAAAUAAAAAUGAAGAUUUUUC